AUGCCAGCGCUGCGGCUGCUGGGGCGAAAGUGGCUGGCAGCCUCCGACGAUCUCGUUUUCCCCAGCAUCUUCGAACUACUCUUCAGAUUUGUGUGGCUGGUCUUAAUAGCACUGGUAGUAGAGGUGCUAUACCCCGUAACAUGGCAAUGUCAAAGCGAGGGUUGGCAAGGCGGCGCGUUCGUGCGGUUGUAUCUAUGCGGAACACUCACACUUCAAGCCGCACUCAUGCUGUUAUUAGCAGCCCUGGCGCAACAGUCCGCGCGGGGCACCAUCACAGACAUAGAUGUCAGAAAAAUGGUAUCACCGUUACUUUUAUUCAAAGUACUGUUAGUGUUUCCAGAAACAGCUCUUAAUGUGAUGGGCACGAUGUGGAUGUUCUGCGAAGUAAUCCAGUGCUCUGUUGAAGAUAAAUUCUCCAGCAUAGUCAUACAAAGUAUAGUUCUUUUCAACUGGGUACAACUAGCACUAACAGUAUUCGGUCUGUUCAUGGUGUUUGACCCCUUGGGGUCAGUGAACUAUGGCGAUAUGCAAGAUACGCCUAAUCAAGUCAGACAUCACAGAAAAGUUACGGGACUCUGGUCAAGGAGGUUCCGUUGGGCUUUCUGUUGGCUCAAGCGGGAUGAACACGGAAAAGAAGCUUUUCAACAAGUGGCAGCUCUGCUCAGUGCCCUAUUCAGAUCAACGGACUUAGUGCCGUCAGACGUCGUAGCUGGUUGCGUUCUUCUACGAGUUCGACAAAAGAGGGAGACAAGAGAAAUGAGAAGAAUUCAAAUGUUAAACGACGAAGAACCAAUUUACACUACUGACGUGAAUAAGAUAUUCUCCGAAACGCCGCCCUGGAUGAAUUUAGAAGAUGCUCUGUACUACUUGAGGUUGUCGAUAGCGGCUUACGGUUGGCCGUAUGUUUUGUACAGACAUUGUUUCACUGGAUUCUGCAAGCUGGCGAGACACUUAACUUGCUGCUGUUGUCGGCCCAAGAAUUCUAUAGUAACGGAUGACAAUUGCUGUCUUUGCAACUUCGCUGGCGUGAAAUAUAUGUCGAAGCUCCAUGCUGACGACAUCAUCUUUGCAUCAUUCAACAAUCGUGUUUUCGAAUUGCCGUUCUGCGUGAUUGCGGAUCAUGAACGCGAGAGCAUCGUAGUGGCUGUGAGGGGGUCUAUUUCUUUAAGAGAUAUAUUUACUGACUUCACUGCAGGAUCAGAACGAUUUGAAGCUGAUGGUUUACCAGAAGAUACGGCAGCUCAUAAAGGAAUGUCGAUGGGUGCUGCGAAAAUGUUAAAGCGUCUGCUUCCAGUGCUCGACCGCGCUUUCCAACAGUACUCGCAUUACGACCUCAUACUAACAGGUCACAGUCUUGGCGCAGGAGUGGCAGUAUUAGUAGCUUUAAAAUUAAGGCCGAGGUACCCGCACCUAAAAGUGUUCGCGUUCUCUACACCAGCUGGACUUAUAAGUCGUGAAGCGGCGCGAUUCACGGAAAGUUUUGUGAUGACGGUGGGGGUCGGCGACGAUCUCGUCAUGCGACUCUCUGUGCACAGCAUAGAGAACUUAAGAACCAAGAUCAUACAGACAAUACACGCUACUAAAUUACCCAAAUAUCGAAUAAUGCUGAAUGGUUUCGGCUACGCGCUUUUUGGAGUCCCAGCACGAGACUUAGAAUCAACAUGGCGGCGGCCGGAACAGCUGGAAGCGCAUCACUCGGAUGACUCGGCUGACGCGCUUUUGGUCCACAGCGUGUCCACCGUGAGUGCUGAGGCAGCCUUGGUAUCCCGAGACGUGUUUGCAAGGCGGUUCUCUUCAGCACGCCUGUUCACACCUGGACGUAUUUUGCACAUCGUACGACGCAAGCGCAUGGGCAUCGAAAAGAAAGUGCGCACCGCAGAGCCGACGUACGAAAUGCGUUGGGCGUGCGCUGAGGACUUCAUGGAGCUGCAGGUGAUGCCGCGAAUGUUACUUGACCACUUGCCGGAGAACGUUCACCGUACCAUUAGAACCGUCUUGGAUGAGAGACACCGGUACAGACUGACACAAACUGUGUAA